AUGUUUGAUAAUCAGAAGGAGAGAACGUCUUUGACCUAUGCCAAGAUGAUUGACUUGGUAAUAUGGUUUCACAGGCUUCACGAUUCGGAUCAAAUUCAGAAGGUUGAGUACAAUGACUUGAACUUGAUGUACAAUGAAUGUGUCAUGGCGUUUACUAGGGUCGUGGAGAAGAUUGAUGUCAAAGAGCGACAAGAGGCUUCUAAAAGGAUCUGUGAGCUGCUUGGUUCGUAA